ACGGACGGAGGAAUGACGGUGAUGCGCUGUUUUCUGUGGAGUCUUGUUCUGUGCUCGCUCUCUUCGCGCGCGCAAGGUUUUAUCUACACUUGUGGGGGUACGCUGAAAGGCCGAAAUGGCAGCAUAGAGUCGCCUGGCUUUCCCUAUGGGUACCCCAAUGGAGCAAACUGCACCUGGGUCAUUGUUGGGGAUGAAGGAAGCAGAAUCCAGCUCAUCUUCUUGUCGUUUGCUAUAGAAGAAGAAUAUGACUUCCUGUCCUUGUACGAUGGACACCCACACCCUGCUAACUUCAGGACAAGGUUAACAGGCUUCCAGGUUCCUUCCCCAGUAACCAGUACAGGAAGUGUCUUCUCGUUGAGGCUGACCAGUGACUUUGCUGUCUCUGCUCAUGGUUUCAAACUCAACUAUGAAGAACUCCACAGUACAUCUUGUGGGAACCCCGGUGUGCCACCAAAAGCAGUGCUAAGCGGUGCCGGCCGUUUUGCCGUAGGAGACAGCGUGCGGUACAGCUGCGUCCACGGUUAUGUCUUAGAUGGCCAUGCCACGCUCACAUGCAUCACCAAUGCUGGGAACACGGCCGUCUGGGAUUUUCCUGCUCCUAUUUGUCGAGCUGAGGACACAUGUGGGGGCACUGUGAGGGGCGGCAGUGGGGUGGUGACCAGUCCCGGUUACCCCGGCAACUAUGGUAACCAAGCCGACUGUACUUGGAUCCUAUUGGCCGAACCUGGAGACACCAUCUCUGUCAUCUUUACAGACUUCCAGACCGAGGAAAAGUAUGACUACCUGGAAGUGGAGGGCUCUGAACCACCAACUAUUUGGUUGUCAGGCAGUAACGUCCCCUCUCCUAUCGUUAGCAACAAAAACUGGCUCCGGCUGCAUUUUGUGACUGAUAACAACCAUCGUUACCGAGGUUUCAGCGCACAUUAUCAAGUGAAGCGAUCAGUAGAUUUUAAAUCGCGGGGCGUUAAAUUAUUCCCUGGCAAAGACUCCGGCAACAAGUUUUCAAUAUUAAAUGAAGGUGGUGUGAGACAGGCUUCUAACUCCUGCCCUGACCCUGGAGAGCCCGAGAAUGGAAAACGUCAUGGCAAUGACUUCAGCAUUGGCAGUGUGGUGCAGUUCAGUUGUGGAGAGGACUACGUACUUCAGGGCAGUAAAACCAUCAGCUGCCAGCGAGUGGCAGAAGUCUUUGCAGCCUGGAGUGACCACAGACCCGUCUGCAAAGUGAAGACUUGUGGCAGUAAUCUUCAGGGGCCAUCUGGGACCUUUACAUCUCCUAACUUCCCAAUUCAAUAUGAGAGCAAUGCACAGUGUGUGUGGGUAAUUACGGCAUCAAAUCCCAAUAAGGUAAUCCAGAUCAACUUUGAGGAGUUUGACCUGGAAAUAGCAUAUGACACCCUAACUAUAGGAGAUGGAGGGGAGGUGGGAGAUCCUACAACUAUACUACAAGUCUUAUCAGGUAGUUUUGUGCCUGACCUGAUUGUCAGUAUGACUCACCAGAUGUGGCUGCACCUGCAGUCAGAUGAGAGCGUUGGAUCUAUAGGGUUUAAGGUCAAUUAUAAGGAAAUAGACAAAGAGAGUUGUGGUGACCCGGGAACUCCUCUCUAUGGAAUCAGAGACGGUGACAGCUUUUCAAAUGGGGGAAUCCUAAGGUUUGAGUGCCAGUUUGGCUUUGAGCUGAUUGGAGAAAAAACUAUCUCCUGCCAAGACAACAAUCAGUGGUCUGCUAACAUCCCCAUUUGUAUAUUCCCCUGCAUGUCGAACUUCACAGCCCCCUCAGGAACCGUCCUCUCCCCAGAUUACCCAGAAGGCUAUGGGAACAACAUGAAUUGUGUCUGGCUCAUCCAAUCAGAUCCAGGCUCAAGAAUACACUUGGCAUUUAAUGACUUUGACCUCGAGGCACCGUAUGAUUCCCUAACUGUGAAAGAUGGCGAGACAAAUGAUGCCGUCGUCAUUGGGAGGUUCUCCGGAGCCGAGAGUCCUUCCCAUCUGACGUCCAACACCAACACGCUGAGGCUGGAGUUUCAGGCUGAUCACUCCAUGUCCGGAAGAGGAUUCAAUAUCACAUACAGCACAUUUGGCCAUAACGAGUGCCCAGAUCCUGGUAUUCCCAUUAACGCUCGUCGCUUUGGAGACAGCUUCCAGCUUGGCAGCUCCAUCUCUGUGGUGUGUGAGGACGGCUUUAUCAAAACUCAAGGAUCUGAGACAAUCUCUUGUCAGUUAGAAAGAGGAAAAGUCAUGUGGAGUGGGCCCAUUCCUAAAUGUGAAGCACCAUGUGGAGGCCACUAUUCAGCUCCAAAUGGAGUGAUUUUGUCUCCUGGGUGGCCUGGUUACUAUAAAGACUCCCUCAACUGUGAGUGGGUAAUUGAAGCAGAGCCUGGACGUUCUAUCAAAAUUACAUUUGACAGGUUCCAGACAGAGCUGGGUUAUGACUUCCUAGAGAUUCACGAUGGACCAAACCUCUUAUCUUCUCUGAUUGGCUCCUUUAACGGCACCCAGGUGCCCCAGUUCCUGUUCAGCAGCAGUAACUUCCUUUAUCUGCUGUUCACCACUGAUAACAGCCGGUCCAAUGCUGGCUUCAAAAUACUCUAUGAAAGUGUUACAGUGGACAGCUAUUCGUGCUUGGACCCUGGUAUCCCUGUUAACGGUAUUCGGUAUGGACAAGAUUUUUCCAUAGGGUCAACAGUGUCCUUUGGCUGUGACUCUGGAUACAGACUUAGCCACGAGGAGCCACUGGUGUGCGAAAAGAACCACUGGUGGAGCCACCCUUUACCCACAUGUGAUGCUCUGUGCGGCGGGGAUGUUAGAGGUCCCUGGGGAACCAUCCUCAGUCCCGGUUAUCCAGACAGCUACCCUUCAUCUCUCAACUGUACCUGGACUGUAGAAGUCAGCCACGGGAAAGGGGUCCAGUUUCAGUUCAAUUCCUUUCAUUUGGAGGACCAACAUGACUACCUCUUGGUUACUGAAAACGGGAGUUUCCUGCAACCAUUGGCUCGACUGACCGGCAAUGAGUUGCCUAGCAACAUCAAUGCUGGUCUCUAUGGAAACUUCAAAGCCCAGCUACGAUUCAUCUCUGACUUUUCCAUUUCAUAUGAAGGCUUCAACAUAACUUUCUCUGAGUAUACUUUGGAACCAUGUGAGGACCCUGGGAUGCCUAGGUUCGGCAGGAGAAACGGUUACAGUUUUGGAGUUGGAGACACUUUGUCUUUUUCCUGCAAUAUGGGAUACCGCCUGGAGGGGGCACCAGAGUUAAUCUGUCUGGGAGGUGGGCGGAGAAUGUGGAGCGCUCCUUUACCCAGAUGUGUUGCUGAAUGCGGCUCCUCAGUUAUAAAUAACGAAGGAAUUCUGCUGUCUCCAAACUACCCAAUGAACUACGAUAACAACCAUGAGUGCAUCUACAGCAUCCAGGUGCAAGCUGGGAAAGGCAUCAACAUCUCUGCUAGAACCUUUCAUCUCGCCCAAGGCGAUAUUCUCAAGAUUUAUGACGGCAAAGACAACACUGCCCAGGUUCUUGGAGCAUUCACCGGGUCAUCCAUGUUGGGCCUGACGUUGAUUUCCACAUCAAACCAUCUCUGGCUGGAAUUUUAUAGUGAUGCUGAAAGUACAGGAGAGGGAUUCAAAUUAGUGUAUUCAAGUUUCGAGUUAUCUCAUUGUGAGGACCCAGGUGUCCCUCAGUUUGGCUUCAAAGUCAAUGACCAAGGCCAUUUCUCUGGCAGCAGCAUCACAUACAAAUGUGAGCCUGGAUAUACUCUGCAUGGUGCAUCCACGCUGAAGUGCAUGACAGGUGAAAGGCGAGCCUGGGAUAACCCUCUGCCUUCCUGUAUAGCGGAGUGUGGUGGUCGUUUUAAGGGUGAGUCUUCAGGGCGGAUUCUCUCACCUGGUUACCCUUUUCCUUAUGACAACAACCUCCGCUGCACCUGGACCAUCGAGGUGGAUUCAGGAAAUAUUGUGAGUCUUCAGUUCCUGGCCUUUGACACAGAAGCCAGCCAUGACAUGUUGAAGGUUUGGGAUGGACCACCUGAGAAUGAAAUGUCUUUAGCUGAACUCAGCGGGUCUCUACUUCCUGAAGGAAUCCACUCAACACUGAAUACAGUCACAGUUCAGUUUGAGACUGACUUUUACAUCAGCAAGUCAGGAUUUGCUAUUCAGUUCUCGAGCUCAGUAGCUACAGCCUGCCGGGACCCAGGUGUUCCAAUGAAUGGCAGUCGUAGCGGAGAUGGCCGUGAGCCGGGGGAUUCGGUGUCCUUUCAGUGCGACCCCGGAUACGAGCUCCAGGGGGACGACAAAAUAACCUGCAUACAAGUGGAUAACAGAUACUACUGGCAGCCAAGCCCGCCUGUCUGCAUAGCUCCUUGUGGAGGAAACCUAACUGGCUCCAAUGGAUUCAUCCUCUCUCCUAACUACCCACAUCCCUACCCUCACUCAAAGGACUGUGAUUGGCUUAUUGCUGUUAACCCUGAUUAUGUCCUGUCAUUGGCCUUCAUCAGCUUCAACAUUGAGCCAAACUAUGACUUCCUGUACAUCUAUGACGGUCCAGAUAGCAACAGUCCUCUCAUUGGUAGUUUCCAGGACAGCAAACUCCCAGAGCGGAUCGAGAGCAGUUCAAACACCAUGCACUUAGCAUUCCGCAGUGAUGGGUCUGUUUCCUACACUGGCUUUCACCUGGAAUACAAAGCCAAGCUGAGGGAAUCCUGUUUCGACCCAGGUGUGGUUCUGAAUGGGACCAGGUUGGGAUCAGAUUAUAAGCUGGGCUCCACCGUCACCUUCUACUGUGAAGCAGGAUAUGUACUGCAGGGCUAUUCUACUCUACUCUGCCUUAUGGGGGAUGACGGCAGACCAGGAUGGAACAGAGCUUUGCCGAGUUGUCAAGCUCCCUGUGGAAGUCGGUCUACGGGAUCAGAAGGAACGGUUUUAUCUCCGAACUUCCCCAGAAACUAUACUUCCGGACAGACCUGCGUCUACUCUAUAUCUGUACCAAAAGAGUUCGUUCUCUUUGGUCAGUUUGUGAUGUUCCAGACAUCUCUAAAUGAUGUGGUGGAGAUCUAUGAUGGACCAACCCAACAGAACACACUACUCUCUUCUCUGUCUGGCUCCCACUCUGGUGAAUCCCUCCCUCUGAGUUCAGGAAACCAGAUUACGAUAAAGUUUACCACAGUUGGACCAGAAACUGCUAAGGGAUUUCAUUUUGUCUACCAAGCUGUUCCUCGGACCAGCUCCACCCAGUGCAGUUCAGUCCCGGAGCCACGCUUCGGGAAACGCCUUGGCAAUGACUUUGCAGUUGGCUCUUUGGUACAAUUUGAGUGUAACCCUGGUUACAUGCUGCAUGGCUCUACCUCCAUUCGUUGUGAGAGCGUACCGGACAAUCUAGCACAAUGGAAUGACACCCUGCCAACAUGCAUAGUUCCCUGCGGGGGUGUAUUGACCUCUCGCCGUGGGACCAUUCUGUCGCCCGGUUACCCAGAGCCAUAUGACAACAACCAGAACUGUGUGUGGAAGGUCUCCGUUCCUGAAGGGGCUGGAAUACAGAUACAAGUAGUAAGUUUUGCCACAGAGCAUAACUGGGACUCCUUGGAUUUCUACGAUGGUGCCGACAACCAUGCUCCAAGACUGGGCAGCUACUCUGGCACAACUAUCCCCCCUCUCCUGAAUAGUACAUCUAACAACCUCUAUCUCAGCUUCAGCUCUGAUAUUAGUGUCUCAGCUGCUGGAUUUCACCUGGAAUAUACAGCCAUUGGUCUGGAGUCAUGUCCAGAGCCUCAAACUCCAAACUUUGGAAUUAGACUUGGAGACAGAUUCAUGGUGGGAGAUGUUGUACAGUUUUCAUGUGAACAAGGGUACUCUCUUCAGGGUAAUGCACAUAUCACCUGCAUGCCUGGACCAGUCAGAAGAUGGAACUACCCUGUACCGCUGUGUCUUGCUCAGUGUGGUGGGUCCAUGACGGAUGUAAGUGGAGUGAUUUUAAGUCCUGGUUACCCCGGCAACUAUCCCAGUGGAUUAGACUGCACGUGGACAGUCAACCUACCUGUUGGCUUUGGGAUUCAUCUCCAGUUUUUGAACUUCUCCACUGAAGCGAUCCAUGAUUACUUAGAGAUCCGAAGUGGAACACUGGAGACGGGCUCAGUGAUUGACCGGUUCAGCGGCCCAAUCAUUCCUAAACCUCUGUUCAGCACCACCCAUCAAACCAGCUUUUUUUUCCACAGCGACUAUUCGCAAAACAAACCAGGGUUCCACAUCACGUAUCAAGCCUACCAGCUCCAGAGUUGUCCAGACCCUCGACCUUUUCGAAACGGCAUCGUAAUCGGCACAGACUUCAGCGUUGGGAUGACAGUAUCGUUUGAAUGUCUGCCCGGAUACUCUUUGACUGGUGAAGCUUCACUUACAUGUUUACAUGGAAUCAGCAGGAACUGGAACCAUGCUCUACCACGGUGUGAAGCCCUGUGUGGAGGAAAUAUCACUUCCUUAAAUGGAACCAUUUACUCUCCCGGUCACCCUGAGGAAUACCCAAACUUCCAGGACUGUGUGUGGAGUGUUCGAGUUCCUCCUGGCCAUGGGAUUUAUAUCAACUUUACGGUUCUUAGCACUGAGCCCAUAUAUGACUACAUCACUGUGUGGGAUGGUCCAGAUCAGUCAUCCCCUCAGAUUGGCCAGUUCAGUGGGAACACGGCUUUGGAGUCUGUCUACUCAACCUCCAACAUCAUCCUCAUUAAAUUCCACUCUGACUUCUCUGGAUCUGGCUUCUUCGUCUUAAGUUAUCAUGCCUACCAAUUAAGGGUUUGCCAGCCUCCCCCAGAAGUGCCCAACGCUGACAUACUGAUGGAAGAUGGCGAGCUGGAGAUCGGUGACAUCAUCAGGUACAAAUGCCACCCUGGAUUCUCAUUGGUCGGCAGUGACAUUCUGACCUGUCGAUUAGGAGAGAGACUACAGAUGGAUGCACCACCUCCGACAUGCCAAGUUCAAUGUCCUGCGCACGACGUGCGAUACGACUCCUCGGGUGUCAUCCUGAGCCCCGGCUGGCCAGAAAGCUACCCCAACCUCCAGAUGUGCUCGUGGAGCGUUACAGUAGAGAAAGGAUACAAUGUCACCAUAACCUUUGAGAGUUUUCACACUGAGAGAGAAUUCGAUGUACUGGAGAUUUUUGAUGGUUCCACACCCAACAGUCCCACUCUGGCUACACUGAGUGGAGAUCCGCCCACACCCUUUAACAUCACAACCUCUGGUCACCAGUUUCUAGUCCGCUGGUCAUCAGACCAUGGCACCAACAAGAAAGGCUUCAGAAUUCGCUAUGUUGCCCUGUACUGCUCUACCCCAGACUCGCCCCUCCACGGCUCCAUCUCCUCUCAGAGUGGUGGACAUGUUAACAGUGUGGUGCGGUGGGCAUGUGACCGUGGUUACCGUCUCAUAGGAAAUGCCACAGCAACCUGCCGCCGCACACCACUGGGCUACCAUGCCUGGGACUCUCCUGUACCUGCAUGUCAAGCUGUCUCAUGCGGACCACCCAAGGCGCCUAUAAACGGUGGUGUUCUAACGGCUGACUACUCCGUGGGAACAAGAGUUUCCUAUUUCUGUAACGACGGGUACAAACUGUCCAGUAAAGAAGUGACGUCAGCCAUCUGUCAGCCUGAUGGAACAUGGAGCAACCACAACAAGAUACCAAGAUGUUCUGUUGUGGUAUGUCCCAGCAUCGGGUCCUUUUCUCUAGAGCAUGGCCGUUGGAGGAUUGUCAACGGCUCACACUACGAGUACAGAACUCGCAUUGUGUUCACCUGCGACCCAGGCUACUACAGAUUAGGUCCUGCUCACAUCCAGUGUUUAGCCAUCGGACUGUGGAGCUGGAAGAACGAGCGGCCGCACUGCCAGAUUAUCUCCUGCGGUGAGCUGCCUUCUCCACCCAAUGGGAAGAAGAUUGGUACUCAGACAACAUUUGGUGCAACAGCCAUUUUCACCUGCGAUGCUGGCUUCAUGCUGGUGGGGUCAGCUGUCAGAGAGUGCCUGUCAUCAGGGCUUUGGAGUGGAACAGAGACACGGUGUUUGGCUGGUCACUGUGGAAUCCCAGAGGGCAUCGUAAAUGGCCAGGUGAUCGGGGAGAACUUUGGGUACCGUGACACAGUUGUGUAUCAGUGUCUGCCAGGCUAUCGCCUCAUUGGCUCAUCAGUCCGAAUUUGUCUCCAAGACAACCAGUGGUCAGGACAGUUGCCCAUCUGUAUACCAAUCAGCUGUGGCCAUCCAGGAAGUCCCAUAUAUGGUCGUACGGUGGGAAAUGGCUUCAACCUUAACGACGUGGUCAGCUUUGUUUGUAAUCGGGGUUAUGAAAUGGAGGGGCCUGCACGUGCUCAGUGCCAAGCCAACCGCCAGUGGAGCCACCCGCCCCCAACAUGUAAAGUGGUCAACUGCUCUGAUCCAGGUAUCCCUGCCAACUCCAUUCGGCAGAGUAAAAUAGAGCAUGGCAACUUUACCUUUGGCACAGUGGUUUUCUACGACUGCAACCCUGGUUAUUACCUGUUUGGAUCACCUGUACUGACAUGCCAGCCCACUGGGCAAUGGGACAAACCCCUUCCAGAGUGUAUAGUCGUAGAUUGUGGUCAUCCGGGCUCGCCCCCAAACGGUGUGCUGAGCGGAGAUAAGUUUACAUUUGGUUCAACGGUUCGAUACUCCUGUUUGGGCGGGAGACAGCUGAAAGGAGAAUCAUCCCGGACAUGUCAGCUCAAUGGGAUGUGGAGUGCCCCAAUGCCCUUCUGCUCCGGUGACGUUGCCGGUUCUUGUGGCGAUCCUGGCAUUCCCUCCCAUGGUUCAAGGGAACAAACAGAUUUCAGAAUCCGUUCUAAAGUCUACUUUACCUGCUCAGAGGGCUAUGAGCUCAUUGGUUCUUUAGAGAGGAUGUGCUUCCCCAAUGGGACCUGGUCUGGCAUGCAACCUUUCUGUAAACCUGUCCAGUGUGGUAAUCCGGGCACUCCCAGUAAUGGCAGAGUAUUUCGUCUGGAUGGAACUACAUUCUCUCAUUCUGUCAUUUACUCCUGUAUGGAUGGCUACCUGCUAACUGGCGCUACCACCCGGCAGUGCCAGGCCAAUGGAACGUGGUCAGGAGCACAACCCAACUGUACCAUGAUAAACUGUGGGGAUCCCGGCUUGCCAGCUAACGGCCUUCGUUAUGGAGAGGACUUCACGAUUGGUCAGAAUGUUUCCUUCCAAUGCCAACCAGGAUAUAGAAUGGAGGAGGACGGAUCACCUGUGAGGAUGUGCACCCAAAAUGAGACUUGGAGUGGAAACAUGCCCAUCUGCACAGCGGUGACCUGCCCGCCCCCCCUUGCCAUCAGCAAUGGGGUACUGCAAGGCAGUGACUUUGAGUGGGGCAGCAGUGUGAGUUACAGUUGCUCACCUGGAUAUGAGCUCUCAUUCCCAGCUGUCCUGACCUGCGUGUCCAAUGGCACCUGGAGCGGCAUGCUCCCACAGUGCUUACCCAAGUUUUGUGGUGACCCAGGCACUCCAGUAGGUGGUUUCAGAGAGGGACGCAGUUUCAUCUAUCAAUCAGAAGUGUCCUUCGGCUGUUCUCCACCUCUAAUACUGGUUGGCACGGCAACCCGACUUUGCGAAAGUGACGGCACUUGGAGUGGAACGCAACCACGCUGUAUCGAACCAACCAAAACCAGCUGUGAUAACCCAGGAACGCCACGAUAUGGCUCCUUAAAUCGGACCUAUGGUUUCAAGGUGGGGAAUGUGGUUUCAUUUCAGUGCCAGCCAGGUCAUUUGAUUCAGGGAUCAUCUUCCAGAACCUGUCAACCCGAUCUGACAUGGAGCGGGACACAACCCGAGUGCAUACCUCAUGCAUGUAAGCAGCCGGAGAGCCCACUCCAUGUGGACGUGGUGGGGAUGGAUCUGCCUGGCUUUGGCUACACCUUGGUGUACAGCUGUCAACAUGGCUACUUCCUGGCAGGGGGUUCUGAACACAGAGUAUGCAAGAGUGAUGGCACUUGGACUGGAAAGAUGCCCAUUUGUCGAGCCGGAGAGAAGAAGAAACCUGUGAAGCCAGUAACAGGAACCCCCAGCCCAAAACUUAAUGUUCCAGAUGAUGUCUUUGCUCCGAACUACAUAUGGAAAGGUUCUUACAAUUACCGUGGGAGGAAGCAGCCUAUGACACUGAGUAUCACCAGCUUUAACUCCACAACUUGGAGAGUUAAUGUUACCCUUAGCAACGGCAACAUGGAACUGCUCCUGUCAGGGGUUUAUAAGGCUUCUGAGGCCAGGCUGCUUCUGCUGAUGUACCAGGUGAACUAUGUGAACCAGGGAAACCAGCUGAAGGACUCAGCCAUCUCACCAGCCAAGAUUAUUGAAGACUCCUGGACCAUGGAUGGAUUUGUAUCAGCAGAGCCUGAUGGUUCCAGCUACGUCUUCCAGGGUUUCAUUCAGGGAAAAGACUAUGGACAGUUUGGACUGCAACGACUGGGUCUGAACAUGUCAGAGAGUCAAAACUCCCCACCUCCCCAGCUCGGUACCAACAGCAGUUCAGUGGCUAUCGCUAUUCUGGUGCCUUUCUUUGCUUUGAUCUUUACUGGCUUUGGCUUCUAUCUCUACAAACAAAGAACUACACCAAAAACACAGUACACAGGCUGCUCGGUCCAUGAAAACAACAACGGCCAGGCUGCCUUUGAGAACCCCAUGUACAACACCAACACCAAGGCUGUGGAGGGGAAAGCUGUUAGAUUUGAUCCGAAUUUAAAUACUGUGUGCACCAUGGUAUGAGGAUCCAUUAUCCUUACUUGAGCUUAAUGAUACCUAAUGGGACCACAAAUGGUACGAGACUGUGGAAGAGGGAAACUGUGUGCUUCGAGUCAAACUUCAGCCUCGCCAGCAGCACAGUCUGAUUAUAAAAGACCUUCGCUCCCCAUUUAGAAACCCAAUCUCUCCCCACCAGAGGAAGAAGUCUUCAGCUGAAACCAAAAGCCAGCGUUGGUUCCCCUCAAUAACAGCACUCUGUAUCCAAAAAUGAAAAUGGUCUGCUGCCUUUAAAAAAAUGCAAACAACCAGGAAGGAACUCACUGCGAGAUGUGACAUCAAGUGAAAGAAAACAAGAUGCAACGCAACAGAAAACCACCUUACUCUAAUCCCAAAUUACUGCAGGUCAUGGACACUUUAUUAUGAUCUGAUCCUAAACCGCACACAGCCAUUGUACUUUGAACUCUUAUUUAACCUCACUUUAUGUCAGUAACAUCAUUACUAACAAGUAAGCCAUGACCUGCUAGUCUGAUCUCAUCAUGUCACCACAGCACUCGAGUUCUACAGCCAUUGCUUCAUGGAGAAGUAGAGCACCAACCCUGAGUGCUCCAGCCAUGAUUAUACAUCAUAAAGUGCUAAAAAAAAAAACACAAUAAGAAAAAAAAGGUGAUUUUAUUAAAACAUGUUUUCACACCAACUGCGUUGCAGGAGUCGCAGGCGGAGGAAUGAGACACGAGAACUUUUUCAUCAAAGACACUGUGAACUAAGGACUGGUUAUCAAUUUAGAUUCAACCCUGGCAGUCUGAAAAACACUGUCACCAGCAGACCAUCAGUACACCGACUAACUAGUUGUGAACAAAAGCCUAUUUCUAAAAUGACCACGGAGUAAAAAAAACCAGACAGGACAAUCUCCUGUCUCCAUGGCAACCAGAGACCAGUGUUACUAGUCUCUAGUCUUUUUUUCCUCCCUUUUUUCCUACCUAAAUGGAAUCUAAGAAGGCUAAUGCUAGCAGACAGUAGCAAAAGUUGCUUUGAAAAAAGACUAACUCCCAAGAGGAGGAUGAGGGCAUCCCUGGAGAUGGAGCUGUAAUCCUAACUGAGCUGGGAUUAGAGUGAAGCAAAACUACAAGAAGCCUAAAGGGGAGCUAGCACUAAUAGAACAGAUGAGAGACUGACUCAUCUAAUGGAUAAACUGCCCCUUCCCAUCCAAUGGAUAAGAGAGGAGAAUAACGGAAUGGAGACAGCCCCAAACUGAACUGGAAGGAGAGCAAGGGAGUCAUUAAGAGAAGAGAUGAGAUCUUACAAGUCUUACACAGCCAAUCAGAGUCUGUCUAACCUGAAAUCAUCUGGUGAGAGAGGUCAACCCUCCCUCUACAUAUUGAGUCAGAUCAGACAGAGUAUGGUCUUUAGGAAAGAUGUUCCCAAUCCUGUGAAUUUCAAAGGAAUUUGAUCAGAAAUGGACUGAAUGAAACAGAGGACUCUGAUGGACUAACAAAGAAAAAGACUUUGAGAAAAUGGAGAGCUCUGGCACUAAAGCACAUUUUACAGGGACACUACCUGUCUACUCACUGAGAGGUGAACUAACGCAGGGAGAGAAAGGUUAUAGAGACAGGACUGACAGAGUGAACUAACAACACGAAAUAUGACAGUUACACACUUAAAAGCAACAGAGUCAGACACAGACAGUUGGGAUUAAGACAAGUCUCACAAUGAAACAAAAAAGGCUGUUUACUGUCACUACAAGACAAACAGGUAUAAACACAGACUAGCCGGCUUACAGACAGACAGGUUAGAAGAAAGACAAACAGGGUUGUUGCCCUUUGACUGUGGACGAUGUUCCACUGUUAUUCUGCACUCUGAGAGUGCUUAUUUUCUUUCUUUGUUACUGCUGCAGAAUCUUCUGAUCUGUAAAUUUAUUGCAUAUAUAUUCGGGAGCAUUCACCACCUAUAUUUUUGUGCUAUAUAUUUACCACAAGGGAGGGGCUGAAGGGGAAAGACAGAUUAUAGCAGAGUUUUUAGAAAAAAGUGAAAGAAAUAUCUGAAUAAAAGAAAUUACAGAAGUCACUGACAGAAUUUUGGUUCCAUUGUAACACGAAAUUGGUUUGUUUUAAUCUGUUGCAUAGCAUGAAGUUCCUCUCACCACCACUGUCUUUCCCAGUGGGGCAAUCGUGAGUGUUAGUGGUAUUGUUGUUGUCCUAAUUGUUGAGAUGCAAGGAUUGCCAGCAACAAUCAUGAUCUUUAAACUGAAGUUUUUGUCUAAUACUCAUCCCAGAUGGCAGAUUUAUUAAAACCCUUAAUUAGUGUAUCUUUGGUUGCCGUGAUCCAGCUCAUUCACUGGUAGAUGGAUACAUAACAAUGUCAUCCUUUUAAUGACAAGCUUGAGUUACAGCGAUGUUUUCUUAUCUAACUGGUACUGUAAACAGACUUUUGCACAUAGUUUUCAUGUGCAAAUUGUAUUUUAUCCACACAUGAGAGAUGCUGACAAAUCCAAUAUCGUCAUGGCAACACAGACAGUAAUUAAAAAAUGUGCAACUGGGGAUGAAGAAACAUUAAUUAUAGUAAUGGAGAUCCUUGCUGAUGAACAUGUCUGUAUGUGAUGGCUUAAGAAACUUUGUGUUGUACAUUGACAUGCUUGUUUUUUCAUGUUUGUGUUUUUGUAUCAUGCUGAAGAGUCAACGCAAACACACAUAGGAUCAGUUGAUGGAUUUGGGAGGGAAUGUUUGAUUUCAUUGGAUAGCAAAUGGGACUACUUCAAACCUGGUAUUUAUUUUUGUGGAAAAGACUUAUUUUGCUUCACCUAAUAAUACUGACCUGUCCAAAUAACUGAUUUCAAUUUCAUUUCAUUUUAAUUUGAUUUUAUUGCUUUUAUAAUAUCUAUUUUGCCUUUGUUUUAAAAUCUCAUA